AUGACAUAUAAAAGAAGAAUGGAAGAAUAUUCAGGAGAUAACAUGGAAGUUGUUGAAGAGCCAAAAGUCUUGCAUGGUGAAAAGAAACUUGUCUUGGUUACACAUGACAAAUCAACCUUUUAUGCAUAUGACAGAAGAGAGAAAAACUGGCUAGAUGACAAAAAAAACCCUUUGCCCAAAAAAGAUCAAGGGCAAAGUAUAAUGGUCAGUGAGUUUCAAUGUGCUUGUCAUGGUACAACGCAAAGACAGAAGUGGAGUUCCCAAAAGCUGUUUUUUGCCGGUAAAGGAAGAGAUGGAUACUGGACGAGUGAUAAUAUGAUCAAGCAGCUUAUAAAAGAUGCAAUUACCCUCUUUGAGUUGCUGCACCCAGACAUCAAAGAAGACAAAGAGUUCGAUUUUAAGAACACAACAUUUCUUUUGGAUGGUGAGCCUUGUCCUCAGGCUAUGUAUUACACGAAAAUGGAAACCAUAACGAAGAAGAAAAGAUCUGUGGAUAUUCCUGUAAAAUAUGUAAAAGGAAUCAGAAGUAUUUUGGAGGAGUGUUUUCUUUGGUUGGAUACAAAUUCAUACAAGCCUGGUAGCAAGUGGCUUGCUGAUUGUUGCAAAGAUGAAGAGCCGGAUUCUAGAUGCUGCGCCCACCACUUUCUUGCUGCCCAACCUGAUUUCAAUGAACAAAAGACCGUCAUCUGUGAGGUUGUGGAGGCAAAUGAUCACAUCUUUGAGAUGUAUCUGAAGUUUCACUGCAAGUGCAACUGGAUAGAGAGGUACUGGGGAGCUGCCAAGGAUUUGGCCAGAAAGGAGUCCGACUAUACCUUUAAAUCACUAAAGGUUAAUGCUGACUCUUAUCUGGACAGAGCUGGUGAACUUGCAAAGGUUUGCCGCUUUUACAACAAGUCCUGGUGCUUCAUUGAAGCCUACAGUCAAAACUGCACUGGUGAUGAUGCAUAUGAAAAAGUAAAACAAUACUCUGCCAGAGUUUGUGCUUCACAUAGAAAAGUUCUAAAAAAUGACUAA